AAGCCAAACUCAAGAUUGCCAUGGGCCUCAGGACGACUAAACAGAUGGGGAGAGGCACUAAAGCUCCUGGUCACCAAGAGGAUCAUAUGGCAAAGGAACCAGUGGAAGACACAGACCCUAGCACUUUAUCCUUUAACAUGUCAGACAAAUAUCCCAUUCAAGAUACGGAACUCCCUAAAGCUGAAGAAAGUGAUACAAUUACUUUGAACUGCCCACGAAAUUCAGAUAUGAAAAAUCAGGGAGAAGAAAAUGGCUUUCCAGAUAGCACUGGAGAUCCCCUUCCAGAGAUCCGCAAGGACAACUCCUGCAAAGAAAACUGUACUUGUUCCUCCUGCUUGCUCCGGGCCCCCACCAUAAGUGACUUGCUCAACGAUCAGGACUUACUAGAUGUGAUCAGGAUAAAGCUGGAUCCGUGUCACCCAACGGUGAAAAACUGGAGGAAUUUUGCAAGCAAAUGGGGGAUGUCCUAUGAUGAAUUGUGCUUCCUGGAGCAGAGGCCACAGAGCCCCACCUUGGAGUUCUUGCUCCGAAACAGUCAGAGGACGGUGGGCCAGCUGAUGGAGCUCUGCAGGCUCUACCACAGGGCCGACGUGGAGAAGGUUCUGCGCAGGUGGGUGGACGAGGAGUGGCCCAAGCGGGAGGGUGGAGACCCCUCCAGGCACUUCUAGAGCUCUUCUUCUUCCUUCAUUGGCCUCUCCGGACGUUGAAACAACCACAGGUCAAGAAGGAAUGUGAAUCUGUUGUUUUAUAAGAGUUUAGGACAAGGACGUGGAACGGUGGACACUGGUUUUCCCCAAAGCUGGCAGUUUUAUGGAGGGGUAGCUUGUUUCGGUGGUGGAUCUCUGUUUAUUUUUGCACAUCUGUUUUAAUUUAAUAUUCAAAUCUGGAAUUAAGAAAACAUAUUUUCUAGUAUCCUCUAAGGGCCAAAGUCCUACAAUCGGAAUGGAUUCAUGCCAUGUUAAAGAUAAAAUUAUCCUCUCCCUGAAAUACAGGAAAGAUUUAAAUAGGUCCUGAGACCGUUGAUAGCCCCAGACAUACCCACAGCAUUAUAUGUAACAUCUCUCCUGAUCAGUGCCAUUCCCACGGUUUCAAAGAAAAUAGCAACAAGUAACAUUGACCUCAGUGUCUGCAGCACCCUCCACUUCUCUCCUAGGCGAUGAGACCCAGUGGCUAGAAAUUCACCAUGUCUAUUCUCAAGAUCCAUGCCAGGGAGAUCUUUGACUCUCGUGGGAAUCCCUCUGUUGAGGUUGAUCUCUUCACCUCAGAAGGUCUCUUCAGAGCUGGUGUGCCCAGUGAUGCUUCAACUGGUAUCUGUGAGGUCCUAGAGCUCCAGGACUAUGAUGAGACUCACUAUAUGGGGAAGGGUGUCUCAAAGGCUGUUGAGGCCAUCAAUAAAACUAUUGCACCUGCCCUGGUUAGCAAGAAACUGAGCAUCACAGAACAAGAGAAGAUUGACAAACUGAUGAUCGAGAUGGAUGGAACAGAAAAUAAAUCUAAAUUUGGUGCGAACGCCAUUCUGGGGAUGUCCCUCGCCGCCUGCAAAGCUAGUGCUGCUGAGAAGGGGGUUCCCUUGUACCACCACAUCGCCGACUUGUCUGGCAACUCCAAAGUCAUCUUGCUAGUCCCGGCAUUCAGUGUCAUCAGUGGCAGUUCUCAUGCUGUCAACAAUCUGGCUAUGCAGGAGUUCACGGUCCUCCCAGUCAGUGCAGCAAACUUCAGGGAAGCCAUGCCCAUUGGAGCAGAGGUUUACCACAACCUGAAGAAUGUCAUCAAGGAGAAAUAUGGGAACGAUGCCACCAGUGUGGGGGAUGGAGGCACGUUUGCUCCCAACAUCCUGGAGAAUAAAGAAGGUCUGGAGCUGCUGAAGACUGCGAUUGGGAAAGCUGGCUACACGGAUAAGGUGAUCAUCGGCAUGGACGUAGCGGCCUCGUUCUUCAGGUCUGGGAAGUAUGACCUGGUCUCACCUGACUAUCUGGCUGACCUGUACAAGUUCUUCAUCAAUAACUACCCAGUGGUGUCUAUCGAAGAUCCCUUUGACCAGGAUGACUGGGGAGCUUGGCAGAAGUUCAUGGCCAGUGCAGGAAUCCGGGUAGUGGGGGAUGAUCUCACAGUGACCAACCCAAAGAGGACAGCCAAGGCCGUGAAUGAGAAGAAGUGCAACUGCCUCCUGCUCAAAGUGAACCAGAUUCGCUCCGUGACUGAGUCCCUUCAGGCGUGCAAGCUGGCCCAGGCCAAUGGUUGGCGUGUCAUGGUGCCUCAUUGUUCUGGGGAGACUGAAAAUACCUUCAUCGCUGACCUGGUGGUGGGGCUGUGCCCUGGGCAGCUCAAGACUGGUGCCCCUUGCUGAUCUGAGCGCUUGGCCAAGGACAACCAGCUCCUCAGAAUUGAAGAGGAGCUGCGCAGCAAGGCUAAGUUUGCCGGCAGGAACUUCAGAAACCCCCCAGCCAAGUAAGCUGUGGACAGGCAAG